CUUGUCUCGUGCUCGUGUUUCUCCGUGGAGAGAGGGUCGUGCACGGCGCUCGGUGUCGCGCGCUUCACUGUAGCCGACUGGAGACUGGAGCGGAAUGUGGCGCUGAGAUGCAGCACGGCUGAAGGAGUAGCUACACACACACACACACACACACACCAUCACCACCACCACCAUCCAGCGAGGUUCGUGUUAACGGAUUUCGGUCGGAGAUCACAUCGCCGUUGAGCCACGCUCGUUUUCCUCACGGGAGAAAAAAGAAGUGGCUGGUGAAGAACUAGCUGUUUGUAGGUGUUGUAGGGUUUGCACAUUUGCUGUGAUGAGCCCUUGAGUUUUACUCUCUGCCCUGGGCAGCUAGCCUGGAGGAGCUUUGGGGACAACAGUGGCAGACAGAAUCAGAUAAACAGCAGAGCUGCAAUGGCCAGUGCAGCAGAUGGCAUUGGGGGCUUGGGUACAGAGCAAACCCACCUCAGUGUGCCUGUGGCAGACCACGGUGCUUGGGCCACAGCCAUGAAUAACUUAGGCAUCGUGCCUAUGGGCCUAACCGGGCAGCAGCUGGUGUCAGAUUCCAUCUGUAUCCAAGGUUUUGACCCCAACUUGGGCAUUAUCGCACCCAUUAACCCCAUGUUGGCCGGUAUUAGUCUGGUGCCUCCUCCACCUGUGCAGCCUGAGCUACCUGUCAUCAAAGAGAUUAUCCACUGCAAGAGCUGUACACUCUUCCCCCAGAACCCCAAUCUUCCACCUCCAUCUACCAGAGAGCGACCUCCAGGCUGUAAAACAGUGUUUGUUGGUGGACUCCCUGAGAAUGCAAGUGAAGAAAUUAUCCGAGAGGUGUUUGACCAGUGUGGUGAAAUUGUUGCUAUCCGCAAGAGCAAGAAAAACUUCUGCCACAUCCGCUUUAGUGAAGAGUUCAUGGUGGACAAGGCCAUUUAUCUUUCUGGCUACAGAAUGCGCAUUGGUUCCAGCACAGAUAAAAAGGAUUCAGGUCGUAUACAUGUGGACUUUGCUCAGGCGAGAGAUGACUUGUAUGAGUGGGAAUGCAAACAGAGGUUACUGGCACGAGAAGAACGUCAUCGGCGCAAAAUCCAGGAAGACCGCUUGCGACCUCCUUCUCCCCCUCCUAUUAUGCACUACUCAGAACACGAGGCAGCAUUACUUGCAGAAAAACUGAAAGAUGAUGGCAAGUUCAGUGAGGUGAUAGCAGUACUGUUCACAUGGAUAGAAAGGGGUGAGGUGAACCGGCGCACUGCCAAUCACUUCUACUCCAUGAUCCAGUCAGCCAACAGCCACGUGCGGCGCCUGAUGAACGAGAAGGCCCAGCAUGAAGAGGAGAUGGAACAAGCCAAAGAGCAUUUCAAGAACUCACUGCUUACCAUUCUCACCCAAUUUGAGCAGAUUACGGCCGUAUUCAGCGCUGCCACCCGGCAAAAGGCAUGGGACCAUUUCUCAAAAGCACAACGCAAGAACAUAGACAUUUGGCGAAAGCAGUGCGAGGAGCUGAGAAAUGCUCACAGUGAGGAGAUCAUGGGAAUCAGAAGAGAGGAAGAAAUGGAGAUGUCAGAUGAAGACUUGGAGGAAAACCCCUGUAAGAAGGCUCGAAUGGAAAACUCAGCUCUGGCUGUGCACUCUUACGGCCUGCGAGAGGAGAAUGACAGUCUGCGAUGGCAGCUGGAUGCCUACAGGAAUGAGGUGGAACUGCUGAAAAAGGAGCAGGGAAAAAUGCAGCACCCUGAAGAGGAGCACAGUCAUGAGCACCAGCUCAACUUCCUGCAGCAAUCCAUGCACAGCAUGCAGCAGCAACUACUGAGGCUCCAAGAUGAGCUGAAGGGAAAGAACCUGGAGCUGGAGCAGGCACAAGACGAGCAGCGCUACCUAGAGGGGGAGAUCUUCAGCCUGAGGGAGAAGCUUGUGAACAGUGCAGACAACAACACAGUGGAAGGGCCGAACCACACCGGUGAUAACCCUGAAAAGGGAGUAAAUGGCACGGCAGCAAUCUAUCAAAAUCGAGAGAAGAACAAUGACGGGCUGACUCGAGGUCCUGUAAGAUCUGAAAAGGAAGCUCUGUUGCUUGGAGUCAUUUCAACCUUUCUCCAUGUCCACCCAUUUGGAGCCAACAUUGAGUAUCUUUGGUCCUACAUUCAAAGGCUUGAUGCAAAGAUCUCUGCCAGUGAUCUAGAGCGGUUGAUGGUGCGGCUACCCAACAUGUUCAAGCAGGAGUUUAGCGGUGUGGGUGCCACUUUGGAAAAACGCUGGAAGUUCUGUGGCUUCGAGGCCCUCAGCUCAACAUAACGUACAAAGAGACAGUUGCUGACACUGAGGUUAUGGGAUCUGCGAGCACUGUGCCUCAGUGACUUACAGAAUGAGACUGGCCAAAGCCUCAGAGGAACUCUGUACCAGGUUCUCCCUCACUGUUGUAGCUGUCAACCCCUGCUGUUCUGGUUUAUAUAACCUAAUGACAGCAAAGGAACAUGCACAGAAUCAGGAUAGGUUUGCUUACUCAAAGGACCUACAUUCUGAUGUCUGUUCCUGUUACAUAACUUUGUCAUCAGUGGGAAGAGAAGUAUAGGAAUACAGCACCGCUUAAUUAUGAAUGAAGAAAGUGGAAUGUGAAAAUGUACAGUUACACAAGUGUGUACCAGAGCCUGAGACUAUUCACUGUACUGAACAUUUUCCAUGAGUUUGCCAAAAGAUUUACAGAUUUAUUCUCACCUCAACAUUACAGAAAGGGUUCAGAGACAUAGUUUCUUGUCCAGCUUGUCGUUGUGCGUUUUUUGCUCCAGUUCUUUUAAGAUCUUCAGCUGUGGUAAAUGCUCCGGUAAGCUAAACAUGCUGCACUUAAUAGUUACUCAUGGGCAUUUCAACCCCUGAAUGACACAGGAUAUUUUAUUGUUUAGGUUCUUUUGUUGUUGUGUGAAACAGUGUACGUAAUGAACAUUCUCCUUGUGUCAAAAUGCAUCGUCGUUAUCAGCUCAUGUUAAUUAUGACUCUCAAAAACUCUAUUAAAAUCCUUUUUAUUCAAACCCUAACAUUAUUACACAUGCUGAGAUGAAAGCUGUCUCGCAUAACUGUCACAUUUUGCGUGUUUAUUAUUAUUUUUUUAACUAACAUUGUAUGCAGUAAUAAGCCGUCCACUUGAUGAAGAUGUGAAGCACAGGGCGCCUAAUCACUCUGAAUAAAAAGAGCUGAUGUCUUAAUGGGAAAGGAAAGAUGGCUAGCUGUUCUAAGUCCAUUUCCUCCUUCAACUUUGUCAUAACAUAAUUCUCUCAAUAACCACAGGAUUAAAUAAUAUCUAGGACAAUCCCAUGAGCAUAUGAUAGGAAGUUACUGAUUAUUGAUGGAAAUUAUAGGUGCUUAGAUUAAUAUACUCAGCUGUAGUAUGUAUGUAUGGAGUUUCAAAAUAUAUAUAUUUUUUAUACUAUAUGUGUAAAACUUUUAAUAACUGAUGACAUAAAGCACCUUUGCAAAGGUGUGGAUGUAGAUUUAUAUUUAGAUUGCUAAUGAGCAAGCCAGAGUUGAAAUGCAGCAACAGCACACUCGUCGAGUUAAAUAAGUAAGAAACAACAAGGAACUAGAAGGAAAAGAAAUCCCAUCCAUUUUUGGUGCCAACCAGCACUUUUUGCCCUCAGAACUGUCUUAAUUCUUCAUUGAAUAGAUUGAACAAAGUGCUUUCGUGUGAUUGGCUGAUUAGAUAUUUGCGUUAACAGGCAGUUGAACAUGUGAACUGUGUAAUUAAGUGGACAAAGUGUGAUAUAUUUUCUUUUACAUUAUUGUCUUUUCAGGCUGAUGGAGUUACAAAGAUACAG